CACCCAAUCCCUGAGGUAUGUAUGUUUUCCACAUCUGUGCAGUAUAUAUAAAAGGUGCAGUAUCAUCAUCACCACAGAAAACUGAUCCACAGUACUUACCUGAUCAUCAUGAUGAAGCCGAUCCUUUCUCUGACUCUCAUCUGGGCGCUCUCCAGCACAGCUGGAGCCCUUCAGUGUCAAAGCUGCCAAAAUGAUCAGUGUACAAACCCACCAUCAUUACCAUGUUCUUCAGAGACCAUGUGUGUGACAGCUACCUUUCAAGUUUUUUCAUCUGGAGUUGCAGUCCCACAAAUCAUCAAGGCGUGUGCACCAUCCUCCGUGUGUCCAGCUACAGGCUCUCAGGCAUUUUCAUUUAACGCGGGUGUUUUGCAGGCAGUUGCAUCUCUUCAGUGCUGCAACACAGAUAACUGCAACACAGAAACUCUACCUAAGCCUGUUCCUCAGCCAAACAGCCUAAAGUGUUUCACUUGUGACCCCCUCAUUUCUCAAUGCAACUCAUCUCAAUUACAAUGUAAGGGAGCGGAGGACCGCUGCUUUAAAUUGAAUGUGACGAAUGGAGGCAAUACUUCUCCAGUCUCCGGCUGUGCAUCUGCAAACCUGUGUGCACUUGGUGAUAGCCUGAGUAGCCUACCUGUCUUGCAAGGUUUAGGUAGCUUCAGUACACCAUCCUGUUGUGGGACCAGUUUGUGUAAUGCUGUUACAACAACUGCCAGUGACGCCAGCUGUAUGAGUCUGCUGCUGGGAGUCCUCAUCUUUACCCUCCGUUUUUUUGAAGCCUGAUUUUGGGAUAUCAGGGAUGGAGUCUGGAUGAAGUUGAGGUGGGACACAAAGGCAGCAAAGAAAUAGACACAUAUACAAACACAUACUUGUACACACAACAGAGGGGAUACUUUUUUCAUGGCUUUAAUUUACUGGGUACAUAAUCAAAUAAGUUAAUAGAUUUUUUUAAUCAAACCUGAUUGAAUGCAGUAACAGUAUAUUGUACAAUUAUAUUACUUAAUUUUAGAAAAAUACGAAUCUUUGAUAUUAAUGUAAGACUCAAUAUGAGAAGGAAAGUAUUAUAGUCAUAUUAGUCAUUAUUGUUCACAUCCUUUAUUAUUGUUUGAUCCUUUUUGUAUCGUAUUAUCAAUUUUAUGUUUAUGAUUCUUGAUCUGCAGCAUUACCUCUGUCUUUAUCUGUCUUAUAUAUAUUUUUUACUAUGUUUAUUGUUAAGCACCAAUACACCAAAGCAAAUUCUUUGUAUGAGAAUCAACUUACCAAUAAAGCUGAUUUUAUUUAAAACAAA